AUGGCCUCUACUAGCUCCGAUCCCGCCGUGUCCGGCAAGCCAGCCGCUGCCCGGGUCAACUCACACGAUGCGCCGCAGAGCCGCAGGACGAGCGCGAGCACACAGCUGCCGAAGCGCGCCCACACCUUUCAGAACGACGGUGCCGCCCAGCAGCCCGAUGCCUUUGAGACAUCGCAGGAUGCAGACGACCACGAGGAGCCUGCCGACAACGGCAGAAGCUCUGUCGACCUUGACGAGCUGCCUAUUGAACUCGUCACCCUGACAGAUAGUUUCGUCGAAUCGCUGAGCGCCAAGGUCCAUUCGACGCCGCCAAACAUAGACAAGCUAUCCCAGCUCUUCCAAGACUUCUAUACGCUCGCCUCAUCCCAUAUACAGACACACAUCAGCGCACUUGCGACAAGACAGCGUCGUGGCCCGUCCCCGAGCCCCUCCACCACAUCGUCGAUAUCCUCUGCUGCCAGUCGCUUCCGCUCCCGCACUGCGUCGCUCAAGUCGUCCAAGGACAGCAAGCCAAAGCUCGAAGUCGAACACCAAAUGAUUACGGCCGAGGAGCUUGCCGACAGGAAAAAGGCACGCAAGGCGCUGGAAGCAAAGAAGGGCCUGAUCGAGGAGGCCGUGGAGCGGCGCCUGUGUGAGGCCAUCUACGAUCGAAUAUACCGUCACCGAAGCACCCACGACGAGGCGCAGGAUGACAAGCUCAGGUCCAAGACGGCCGCGCUGGCCCUGGUCAAUAUUGGCCUGACGGACCUGGGCAUUGAUCUCGGCCAAGAGGAGGACGACGACAAGAAGGAUGGAGUGGCACCGAAAUUUCGCGACGAAGAAAUCCGAGAGUCUCUGGAACCAGCGCGCAAAGAACUCGUUGCCAUGAGCGACUCGCACUACCCCCUCGGGAAAAUCAACCACCUCAAGGCCGUGCACAAGAGCAUCGUCGACACGCUCUCCCACUUCCAGCCCUCUGCGUCGGCCGACGAGAUCAUGCCCAUGCUCAUAUACACCCUCAUCACGCUUCCGCCCGAGCACCUGCAUGCCAUCAGCGACCUCCACUUCAUGCAGUACUUUCGCUGGGAGCCCAAGCUCACCGGCGAGGCCGCGUACUGUCUCACCAACUUUGAGGCCGCCAUCAGCUUCCUCGAGACGGUCGACCUCUCCACCCUCCGCGACGAUGAGCACCCCUCCGGCCCGCCAAAGGCCGCCGUCGCCGCCGAAGCCACCACCGCCAAGCCAGAAACGUUUCCUCCCGCCUACACACAGCGCGGUGCCGCCGCAUCCACCACCGAUGCCACCAAGGAAAACGCCGCCGCCGCCAAGCUCAGCGUGCCGUCGCCUGGUGGAGGGGGGCUGACGGCCGCCGCGGUGCUGCGCAACCGCCGCCUCAGCGACCUCGUCAACACGCCCGCCCAGGCGUUUGGCGCCGCCAGCGGCGCCGUCUUCAGCACCGCCGACCAGGGCCUCAAGACAAUCUCCAACAGCCUCGGCGAGAGCUACUCGUUCCUCCUCGGUAAGCUGCGCGAGCAGCGCCAGCAGGGCGUCGGGCCCAACAAGGAGUCUCUCGUCGUGCCGCGGACCCUCGACGACGCCCGCAAGCUCGUCACCACGCCGCCGCUGGGUGACGAUGACGACGAUGACGACAAUGACACCACCAGCGUCGACACCUCCGCCGUCGCCACCGCCGAAGAUGGCGAGACACGGGCUUCCAAGUCAGCGGCGCCGCCGCGCGACUCGGUCCUGACGCUCAUUGGCGGCCGGCGCGAGCCCAGCGCCGACAGCACGCGCAGCCGGCGCAGCGCGAGCUCUCUGAAAAAAGUGGUUGAAUUUCCCGGCACGACGCCGCCCCCGCCGGCCACGACCGUCGCCGGCGCCGCGCAGCAACAGGGCGCCGCCAUGCUGGACCAGGUGCGCAACCUCGGCAGCACCUUUAACCCCAUGGCGCGCCUGCCCAACAUGGGCUUCCGCGGGUUCGGUCGCGCGGCGGCGACGUCGACGCCGCCGCCACCACCACCGCUGGCUGCCGCCGCAGCGACCGGCAAGGACGGCGGCGGAAGCAACCCCCCCGAGGAUGGCGGCGACUUGAGCGCGGCAUUCCCAGACUUGGCAGCCGCGCUGCCGCCAAAGCCCAAGAUUGCGCCGCCCAACAAGCGCUUCAUGGAGAUAACCACCCCGGGCGAGCUGCGCCUCGGCGAGGUGCUGGAGCUUCUACGAGAUUAUCGACGGUUGGCGGGCGCGUUGAACAAUUUAGAUGCUUUUGAGGAUAAAUAA